ACCGGUCGACAUCCUAAUCCAGUUCUCUUCGCUAAGCUAUGGAGAGAGUACAAAAACAAUCUCUAGUAAACACGAGCGAGGACAGUGUCCAAUGAUGCAUACGUGGACAGCUAGCAGCAAAAACUUCUUUUGGUCUUUGGAUGUCGCAUGUACACAGCAAUCACUAAUGUAUGAGUAGCAGUAGCCCUUUCCUGAAAAAUAAUUUUAAAAAAAGCUAAAAUCAGACGUCAUCUCCGCACUGCUUUCAAGCAACACAUCAAACUUCUUUAUAAACAGGCAAAAAGAACAAGGAUAUUUGUGUUACUAGUAACAAAGUUCAGAAGGAACAGCAGUAAUGCCACUAUUUCAGCAUAAUCAAGACUUCUCAACCCUUUGUAUAUCCCUGUCUGUGCCAGUAGACAUCCAGAAAAAAGCAGAAGGAAUACUUGAGACGCUCUGGACUGAACUUGACCAACAGGAAGAUAUAGAGAUGCACCUUAAAGAUAUGUUUGUCUGUGUUCUGUACAUGGCACUGAUUGAUGCAAGAAUGCCUUAUGGACCCAAUGAUCCCCAGCUGAAACACGGGUAUAUAGCUGUCCCACCAAUCACAGUCACCCAUCUUCUGCAAAAGACUGACACAAGCAUGAAACAUCUUCUGCAGCAGAUGCAUAUUGUGAAGGAUCUGCUGGUGUUGUCUGAUGCUGUGGCAGAUCAUCUGGCUAUCAUGGAGAAAAAUUUCUGCAUUCUUUCUUAUUUGUCUCACACAUUUGACAGGUUGUCUGCCACUGUUUUUAGAGAUGAUUACACUUCUGAUAUAGAAGCGAAUGAAGAGAAUAUAGGUCCCCCUAUUCCAGAGACAGAGGGUGUGACUUUUAGGAAGAAACUUUGCUGGUUGCUGUUCCUGCUUGCAAAACAACGCUUCCUUGGUGACAGUCUUGAACUUGUUCAUGGAUUUUCUGUUCUGUUGUGUUGUUUGGAAUACGUGAUGCGUACAACACCAUCAUUUCUGCUGAGUCCACCUUAUGAUGCUAUCAGGAUUGGCUGUCAUCGUGUACUGGAGAAUGGCAAUAUUUCAUUGCUGACAAAACUUGCUGAGAAUUUCUCAGCCAGUGAAGAUGAGGUUAAAGAAUUGCAUACAAGUUGCAUGGAGCCAUUUAUUCAAGAGCUACUUAACAGAGAUGGAGAACUUGAUAUGGACAAGUUAGAAGUGAUGUAUUUCAAACAGCACACCCAAGAAGGAGACCUCAACGAAAUGUUGUUUCUUAUUAAAGAUCCUCUUAUAUGUCCCUCCAGUCCACAAAGCAGCAACAGCACAACAUCAGAGGGAAACACCCAAUCUGGUCAAAUUUUAACCCCUGUCAGAGCCACCUUGUACUCUAUUCAACAGCUAAAGAGUACUCUUGCUACAGCCACAGAUGAACCAAGUGUCAGACUGAAAGAAUACUUUCAGGCAUGCUCUAAUGACCCUUCCUCACAAAUUGCAGAGCGAGUAAGACAGAUGAGGGAUUUGUUUGUGAGAAAAUUUGAAGAAGUAACCUCCUCUUUUCAGUCUGUGGCAGAUCCCAGGUAUACGCUGGGCAUCAAGCUUUACUAUCGCAUGCUGGAACUUAUGCUCAACUAUGAAAGCAAGCGUCUGUCUCAAUCUGUACUGAACACACUUCUGAACAAAGAUGACUUCCAUCGGUCUCUGAUUGCUUGCUGUUUAGAGGUUGUUUUGGUGGCAUAUGGUCUCUCCAGAAGCCUUGGAGUAAAUGGCGAGAACCUUGAACAUUCAACAUUUAGAUUUCCAUGGAUUUUGAAUGUUUUGGCUAUUGAGCCGUAUGACUUUGCCAAAGUACUUGAACAUUUUGUCAAAACAGAACCCAAGCUGCCUGCAGAUAUUGUUAAGCAUCUACAGCACAUUGAGUACAAAAUCCUGGAGUUCUUUGCUUGGCAAGAGGGAUCAUCUUUAUUUGAUGUGAUCAACAACUAUGACAGAGGAAUGUGUACGCCUCCUAGAAAUUCACCAACAGAACAUCCUUCAAGCAGUAAUGGACUGACUCCCUCUGCUGCAGAAAUGUUUCUUUCUCCUGUUCCCAUCCGCCCAGCAUCCUCCCAAGUAUAUUCUGCUACAUCUACUUCAACUACCCGAUUACCUUCAGCUCCUCGUCGAUCCACUUCUCUCACAGCCUUUUUCAACAAAGUCUACAGGUUAGCAUACCACAGGCUUCAGAGGUUAUGCAGUAUGCUGCAAUUGGGAAAAGACUUGCUCCAGAAGAUAUGGACCUGUUUUGAGAAUUGCAUCACAUACAGACUGGAUUUGCUUAAGAACAGGCAUAUAGAUCAGAUUUUGAUGUGUUCACUGUAUGGAGUGUGUAAAGUGGCUGACAAAGAGGUUCGUUUUAAAACCAUCGUGCAAGAAUACAAAAAUCUACCUCAUGCAAGGGAAGAAGUGUUUCGACGUGUUUCCAUGGAUGGAGGCCGCUUCGACUCCAUUAUUAUAUUCUAUAACCAAAUUUUCAUGUUUAGCAUGAAGUCCAUCAUCCUGCAGUUUGCCAACAGCAGGCAGGCAGUAACACCUUUAUCACCUGCCCCACACCUUGUGUCAGUGCAGCACAGCUCUCCUGUUUACAAUUUGAUGGGGAGGAAGAACUUCUAUAUAUCACCACUAAAAGAGUCUCCAUUCAAAGCACCCCAGUCUCCCAGCCAAUUGACCCCCUCAUCACGCCAGCUCUUCUGUUUUGGCGACAGACCAGGGUCUGCAGAAAAACUUCGAAGUAUCAAUGCAGCUAUUUCAGCAGCAGGUGCAUUAAAGCGAAAAUCACAGGCAGGAACCUCACAGCUGCAAAAGGUUCGAAGAAAAAUGGAAUUUGAUCAGCCAUCUUCAGAGGAUUUACAGACAAUACCAGAAGAGACCAAAAUAGUGAAGAAAAGGGCAGUUCUUUCUCCUCAGAAAGUAUCUAGCAUAAUGGUAUCUGAAACUAGUGCUAUCAGGUCCUUAAAUGAUAUUCUUGAGUAAGUAGAGCAACAGAUCUUUCUGAAUGUAUUUUGCCCCCUUCCCUAAAACAGGACAUUUAACAAGAAGCAUCGGUGCAUUGGUUACUGUCUUUUCAAACUUUUUAUAUGAAAUUGGCAGAAACCAAUUUGCAAUUCAAGCUUUCAUAAAACUCAGCAUUUUACUUUGAAACCUUGUUUGACUAUAAACAUGGACAAUUUCAGUGAGCAUUUUCUCUGCCAUAGCAGCAACAUUUCUUUUUAAGGUAUUUGUAUUUAAGUCAGUGUCAAUUGUUUCAAUAUGACCAUACUAUUUAUUUAUUAACAUUAAUAGUUAUUUCAUUAGUAUAUUGUUAUAACUUUUGUAUUUUUUCAUUGUUAAUUAGUAUAUAGGUAGGCUGUUAAUCUGUUUCAUAUCAAAACUAUUUUGUGGUCACCACAACUGAGAAGCCAGUUUCACUGUUACUUGCAGAGAGUAUGAAAAUGUGAUACUGUGUUAAUGUACAUUGCAGCCAACAUAAUAUGCAUUUCACUGGUCAAAAUGUGGUUAUGCUAGCUAACCUACAUGGAACACUAGUAUCAAAAGCCCCAACCCGGUACCUAGUAAUGGUUCAUUAUUUAGCAGUGAUCAAAUUACACUCAAUGUGACUUACAUGUGUAUGUAGCUAUCACUAUAUCAGCAUCAGACCAGAAAUUGGUUUCAGAAAAGAAAUUUUGCAGCAUCAAGGUCAUGUUCUAUGUUCAGCUAUAAGAUGGAUUUCUUGUUGCAAUAAAACUUUCUAUACCACAACUAGAAAGCCUACUGGAAGUUACUGCCUAAUAAAAAGUAUUAUUUUUA